GUCAACAGAUCUUUGAUAUUUCAAAUACAAACAAGAAGACUAAGAAAAAUACCAAGAAAAGUACUGUAGAGAACUAAAAUAGGCAGGUUAAAAUACAAAUAAGAAGACCAAGAAAAAUGGGUGUUCAAAAGAAGAAAAAGGAAUAAGUAAAUAAUUUACAAACUAGACCCUCAACAAAACCAAAACUUCAAGAAAGCCCUAGAAGUUCAGUACAUUGGAAGCAAUAGUAAAUUACUCCUUUAGCUUUCCCUCCAAUUCCCAUCUCCUUCCUCACACAGACCCAAAACCAAAACCUCAGUUUGAUGCCUCAGAAAAGCUAACCUUUCUCCUCACAGCCCUAAAAAAUCAAAGUAAGCUUCAGGGUUUUGAUGGUUCUAGGCAACGUAGAGUUUUAGGGUUUCAAAUCGCAAAAAGCUAUAGACUUUUGUUUCAAAACUUGCGAUGAUUGAUGGGUCUCGUUCUUUUGCUUCGCUAUGUGUAAAGUUUGAGCCUUUGAGGGUUUAGUGAUUAGGGGUUUAAAAAAAAUCGAUUCUUUAUUUCCUUUCACUCUUUCAGAGUUAGCAAAAAUGCGUAUUGAAGGAAGAGAUUUGAUCGAUCUCGUGCUAUCUUGGUCUCUUGAAGAAGUACUCAAUGUGGAUCUUUAUAAAGGACAGGUGGGAACGAUUCCUACUGAGUUCGACUCAACCACAGACUACUUCAAGUCCUUUAUCCCUUCACUUAUCGAAGAAACACAUGCUGCUUUAUCGUCCAGCAUAAAGACACUGUGGCGGUCCCCUGUGGUUGAAAUCACCUACAUUGCCCCAACAGCUGAGUUCGAGCUUCCUAACAACUUGUUCUAUAAAGUGCAUUUGAGCACCGAUGAGUCGUCACUGAUACCAAAAGAUCUCAUUGCGCUUACAGAUAAAAGGCCUAAUCGUGUCGAUGGCUUCAACAUUACCAAUGAGCCUUAUGUAGUUGCUAUAGUGUGUAAAGCAGAUCCAGACAGGCCUAAUGUUAUCACCAUCUUAGCUUCAAAACCACUUUUGCUCGAGGAUGUACAUCAAAGGAACAAGAAGGAGAAGAAAGAAAGCCUUUUUGGUGUUUAUAUGACCAAUAUAACCACCAACGUUCGUAUCUGGAACUCACUGCAUCUUGGUUUACAAGGUGGGAACUUGAGUCUUCUCUCAACAGUCCUUCAGAGAAACACUGAUGAUGAUGGAGUUUGCGUUCCCUGUAGAUUUGGAGAGAGUGAUGGUCUUGUCCCUAGUCGUUUCCUGAAUCUGAAUCCUUCGCAGGAAGAUGCAAUACUGAGCUGUUUGGACGUUAGAAGAUGCCGCCAUGCCAACACCAUCAAACUGAUUUGGGGUCCACCGGGGACAGGGAAGACCAAGACAACGAGUAUACUUCUGUUCACGCUUCUGAACGCGAGAUGCAGAACCUUGACAUGUACUCCAACGAAUGUUUCUGUCCUCGAAGUGGCGUCGAGAGUUGUGAAACUAGUCUCUAAGUCAUUAAAGAUCGGUAACUACGGUCUUGGAGAUGUGGUCUUGUUUGGGAACGGGGAGAGGAUGAAGAUCAAAGAGAGGAAAGAUCUUGCUGACUUCUUCAUUGACGAACGCGUUGAUAAGCUUUACCCGUGUUUCUUGCCGUUUUACGGAUGGAAAGCUUCUAUCAGUUCCAUGAUACGCUUACUCGAGGAUCCACAAGGACAGUAUAAUCAGUUCUUGGUGAAAAGCAAAGACAAUGUUUCUAAAUCGUUUCAGGAAUAUCUACCAGAGAGGUUCAGUGAACUUAGGAAAGAUCUGGAGCUUGCUUUCUCAAGCUUAUGUACACAUUUGCCUACUGCUUUGCUCUCAACACAAGCCGCAACGCGUAUGUAUGAAUCAGUUGACCUUGUCAAAGACGCUACAAUUUCAGAAGGUGUGAGUGGUGAAGAACUAAAAUCAAUCCUGGUUGUUAAUGGAGAAGGAGGUGACAGAGUAGAAGAUUAUUAUCUGAAGCUGUUGAGAUUGAUCCCUGAAAUUUUCACACUUCCAGGUGGUUGUGAUAGGCAUCUUAUUAGAGAGCUUUGCUUGGGCCACGCUUGUCUGCUUUUCUCUACAGCGUCAUGCUCUGCAAGGCUAUACACUGGACAACCAAUACAGCUUCUUGUGGUCGACGAAGCUGCUCAGUUAAAAGAAUGUGAGACAGCCAUUCCUCUCCUGCUUCCAGGUAUCCAGCAUUCGAUUUUGAUUGGAGAUGAGAAACAGCUUCCUGCAAUGGUCGAAAGCCAGAUUGCUUUGGAGGCAGGAUUUGGGAGAAGUCUCUUUGAAAGAUUAGCCAUACUUAAACAUAAGAAGUACUUGCUAAACAUCCAAUACAGGAUGCAUCGAUCGAUAAGUAUCUUCCCAAACAGAGAGUUCUACGGAAUGCAGAUUCAAGACGCUCCAACGGUUAAACAAAGAAACUACACAAAGCAAUAUCUUCCUGGCAAAAUGUAUGGUCCCUACUCUUUUAUCAACAUAGCACAUGGUGAAGAACAAUAUGGGGAAGGACGUAGUCUGAAAAACAACGUUGAGGUUGCUGUUGUGUCGGAUAUAAUAGCUAACCUUCUCCAAGUUUCAGUGAGAACAAAGACACGCAUAAGCGUUGGUGUGAUUUCACCUUAUAAGUCUCAAGUAAUGGCAAUCCAAGAAAAGAUUCAGGAGACAUGUAGUGGAUGUGAUGCAGGAGGGCUGUUUUCGUUGAAGAUUCGGUCAGUGGAUGGGUUUCAAGGUGGUGAAGAGGAUAUAAUCAUAGUUUCAACUGUUAGGUCCAAUGGUAUUGGAAGAGUUGGGUUUCUUGCAAACAGACAAAGAACAAAUGUGUUACUCACUCGAGCGAGGUUCUGUUUAUGGAUACUUGGAAACGAGGCAACUAUGGUGAAUAGCAAGUCGGUGUGGAGGUAUCUGAUACAAGACGCAAGGAAGCGAGAAUGUUUCUAUAAUGCUGAAGAAGACGAGUCAUUGGCUCGUGCUAUUAUCGAUACCGCGAAAAUCGAGUUUAUCCAGCCACUGAACAAAUCAAGAUGGAAGAUUUGCUUCAGCGACGAGUUCAAGAAAUCUGUGGGAGAGAUUAAGAACCCGGAGAUGUACAGGAAGAUCAAGAGUUUCUUAGAAAGGAUAUCACAUGGUUGGCUCCAUGAAGAAGAAGAGUCAGAGAGAGAUAGUCUGGUUUCUUCCUCCCAGUUGAUAAAACAAAGCAAGAUUGACGAUGUUCUAAGUCUCAUUUGGGCUGUAGAAAUUUUGAAGGAAGAAUUUCAAUAUAUCCAAGUUCUGAAGAUAUGGGAUGUUGUGCCAUCAUCAGAUGUUCCUGAAGCUGUAAAAAGUCUGAACUUAAACCAUAUGAAAUAUACAGUAGACGAGGUGGAAAAGUGCAGAGCCAGAUGUAUCAGUGGGGACAUAGUUGUACCCUUGAGAUGGUCUUUAGAGGCUACAAAUGGAAAUGGAAAUGGAAAUAGCGACGUUAUGGAGGAGACACUUGGAUCACUCAACCUUGCGGGAGAAAUGAUGACUUCUGAACAACCAAAUGACUCUCUGGAAGAUGAAAAAGAAGAAGAGGAUAUCGAAGUAGACCGGUUAAGCCAUCUUCUUUCCUCCAUUACUCUGUGACAUGGUUUCCUCCUAUGAGGACCAUAUCUGCCUUUAGUGUUUUUUUUUUGUCUGAAUGAGUUUUAAAGAACUCAUCUGUACAAAUUCUUUUUGGUGGCAUAUAGAAUGCAACUUCUGUAUCAGUUUUUGACUCAAAAUAAGAAUGUUUUAAAACCAAUAAAUCCAUUCAUUGAGUAGAAAUGAAAUUAACCACAAACUUAAAACAAUUAAAACUAAGAAAGAUAGACAAAGAACCAUAGAAAAAAAAAAAAAUCUAGAAUAACAAAUGAAAAGAAAACACAGUUAAGAAGGGUUUAAGAAAGAAUCAA